AUGCAGUGUGGGACUUCUCAGCUACCUGCAGGAGGCGACAUGUCUUUCGUCCUACUUUCUGUCCUCUGGCUCAUCACUCAAACUCAAGCAAUGGCAAUAAAGCAAAAACCUGAAUUAGAGCUCUAUGAAGUAGUUCACCCUAAAAAACUACACAUUUUACACACAAGGAAGAUACAAGACAACAAGACAGAGAAUGGCAAAGAGGAAAGAUAUGAACCUGAACUUCAGUAUCAGAUUACAUUAAAUGGAGAAGAAGUUGUUCUUCACCUACAAAAAAGCAAACAUCUCUUGGGGCCAGACUACACUGAAACAUAUUACUCAUCCACAGGGGAGGAAAUCACGACAAGCCCUCAGAACAUGGAACACUGCCACUAUAAAGGACACAUACUAAAUGAAAAGGAUUCUGUUGCCAGCAUUAGUACUUGUAAUGGAUUGAGAGGACACUUCACAUAUCAUGACCGAAGAUAUAUGAUAAAGCCUCUGAAAAGUACAGACCAAGAAGAACAUGCUGUCAUCACCUAUAGCCAAGAAGAUCUUGACCUGGCUAAUCACACAUGUGGUGUAAGAAAUGUUGGCAGGAAACACGGCCAUAUUCGAACCUCUAGGUCACUCAGUAGCCCAGAGCAAGAAGACUUUCUUCAGGCUAAGAAAUACAUUGAUCUCUUUUUGGUGCUGGAUAAUACCUUUUAUAACAUAUAUAAGGGGAAUCUAACUUUGAUAAGAAGCUUUUUGUUUGAUGUGAUGAACCUACUCAAUGUGAUCUAUAAUACAAUAGAUAUUCAAGUGGCAUUGGUAGGUAUGGAAAUCUGGUCUGACAUUGAUAAGAUCAAGGUGGUACCCAGAACAGGUGUCACCUUUACCAACUUUCUGAAUUGGCAUCAUUCCAAUCUGGAGAAAAUGAAGGCGCAUGACCACGCACAGUUACUCAGUGGAAUUGGCUUCAACAAUCGACAUGUAGGAAUGGCAGCCUCGAAUUCCUUGUGCUCCCCAUCUUCAGUUGCCGUUAUUGAGGCUAAGAAAAAGAAUAGUGUGGCUCUUGUAGGAGUGAUGUCACAUGAGUUGGGUCAUGUCCUUGGUAUGCCUGAUGUUCCAUAUUACACCAAAUGUCCCUCAGGGAGUUGUGUGAUGAAUCAAUAUCUGAGCUCAAAAUUCCCAAAGGAUUUCAGUACAUCCUGCCGUUCACAUUUUGAGAGAUACAUUUUAUCAAAAAACCCAAAAUGCCUGCUGCAAGCACCAAUUCCUAAAAAUAUAAUAACAAAGCCAGUGUGUGGGAACCAACUUCUGGAAGUGGGAGAGGAUUGUGACUGUGGCCCUCCUAAGAAAUGUUCCAAUCCUUGCUGUGAGGCCAUGACCUGUAAACUAAAAUCUGAAGCUGAUUGUGAAAAAGACACUCUGCACUAUAUCACGAUGGUGAAGUUUGUUCUGCUCUUUGGGGAGCAAAAGAAAUUAGCCUUUGAACAAAACCCCUCAAAUGUGCCCCUGAAUUAUGCAGGCUCAAUUCAGAACUGGUACAUCCCAAUCUGUACGAAGGCUGCUGUGGAAAGCAAGCGCUUAGCCGGGGACUUAGCUGAAACAAGCACCAAACUCUAUGAUCUAACAAGCCUCCCAUGGCUGCCCAUUCUUGUGAUGGGAUCUGCCUCCAUGUACUGA